AUGAAGAUGCAGAAGAAGAAGAAGAAGAAGAAGAAGAAGAAGAAGAAGAAGAAGAAGAAGAAGAAGAAGAAGAAGAAGAAGAAGAAGAAGAAGAAGAAGAAGAAGAAGAAGAAGAAGAAGAAGAAGAAGAAGAAGAAGAAGAUAAUGAAGAAGAUAAUGAAGAAGAUAAUGAAGCAGAAGACGAAGCGAAAGAAGAACGGCUCAAACUUACAGGCUCGAGAAAGACAGCACCAGACCGAACAAGCCAAGAUCACAAGAUCCCAUUGGGGCUCUCGCCUCCUAGCCUUUUCCCUUCUACCUUUUCUUGCUUCUUCCUUGGAUAUUUUGGAGAGAGCGGAUGCGGACGCGGACGCGGAUCAGAGGCAAGUUAGGAACUCGGCCGAGGAAGAAUAA